AUGUUUAAAUCCAGAUAUCAAAUUAAUAGAUACUUUCAACGAAAAAGGAACGUAGAUAGUGUUGAUGAGGGGGUAUCGAAUAAUGUGGAUGUUGAUGAAGGGGCAUCGAAUAAUGUGGAGUUUGAUGUCACAAAACUUCCAAUUGAUCCUGGUCUAAGGAUACCAAUUUUAGAUUACAAUGCUAACAUCCGAGAUGAAGUUCGAAGAGCAUAUAUGUUAAAGGAGUUCGGUAGUUGGUUGGAAUACAGUGUAGAGAAGGAUGAUGCUUAUUGUUUGUAUUGUUAUCUUUUCAGAACAAGUUCUGGAAAGCAAGGUGGAGAACAAGCAAGAAAUGCAUAUGUUACACGCCUUAAUGCAUCCAUUGAUUGUGUUCGAGUUCUUUUGCGACAAGGGCACUCAUUUCGAGGUCAUGAUGAAUCUGAGGAUUCUUCCAAUCCAGGUAACUUCUUAGUGCAAUUGCAAUUUUUGGCUGCUCAUAAUGAAGCUAUCAAUGCCGUCACAUUGGGAAAUGCUCCUCACAAUUGCAAAUUGACAUCACCUGAUGUUCAAAAGGAUAUAGUAAAUGCUUGUGCUAUUGAAACAAUCAAUGUUAUUAUCAAAGAUGUUGGCGACUCACUAUUUUCUAUUCUAGUUGAUGAAUCUUGUGAUGUGUCAAUGAAGGAGCAAAUGUCUAUUGUUUUACGUUAUGUAGACAAUAGUGGUCAUGUCAAUGAACGCUUCAUAGGGAUUGAACAUGUUACAAGUACAAAGGCUCUAUCACUUAAGGCCGCAAUUGAUAAGGUAUUUUCUAGAUAUAACUUGAGUAUGUCUAGAUUGAGAGGACAAGGUUAUGAUAGAGCAAGUAAUAUGCAGGGUAAGUUUAAUGGUCUGAAAACACUCAUUUUGAAGGAGAGUCCAUGUGCCUUUUACAGUCACUGUUUUGCUCAUCAACUCCAACUUGCGCUUGUGGCUAUGGCAAAGAAGAACAUCCCUAUUACUAAUUUCUUUCGUGUGGUUGGGAACGUGAUAAAUACUGUUGGAGCAUCUUCCAAGCGUUGUGAUCUUCUUCGAGAAAAACAAUUAGACUUUAUUGUUGAGGCAUUGGAAAAAAGUAAGAUUUUAAGUGGACGGGGACUUAAUCAAAAAACGACCCUUCAGCGCUCUAGUGAUACACGAUGGAGCUCACAUUAUAAUUCUUUGGUCAGCUUGCUUGCCAUGUUCUCUUCUGUUUUAGAUGUACUUGCAAUGAUUGUUGAAGAUGAAUCUUGUUCUUGUGAUCAAAGAUCUGAUGCAACAAAUUUAUUGGAGUUGAUACAAAGAUUUGAUUUUGCAUUUAAUCUACAGUUGAUGAGAAGUGUGUUGGCGAUGUCAAAUGAACUGUCAAAGGCAUUGUAA